AUGAGUCCUGGACUCUCUCGAUCGGAGGAGAAUGUGAAGGGGUCGAUGGACGGCAGUUUGGAACACGGCUUGGAAACGGAAACCCCGCCGCCGCUGAGAAAUUACAUCUUUUUGACCAUUUUUACGUGUUUCUGUCCAGCAUGGCCCAUCAACAUCGUGGCUCUGGUGUUUUCCAUGAUGUCUCAGAGCAGUUACGAUAACGGAGAUUACGAUGGAGCUCAUCGGUUGGGGAGAAAAGCUCUACACAUGGGAAUUGCUUCCUUCAUCAUCGGGGUGUUGAUAAUCCUGACCUUCUGCAUCGUGCACUUUACUACGCAAGUGAACUGAGAGCUGGUGGGAAUCUGAAUCUGAAGUCUUAGCAGUGUGAAGUUCAUCGUUGGCUCUAAUGGACCUGCAGGAUGCAGCGGGACGUCUUGGUCUUUCGCAACUCGGAGACAAAUUCUGCAGCACUGUACAGCAUUCUCGGCUAAUCUGUAAUCUUUUAUAUAUUUAUACAUACCUGUAAAAACGUCGUGUUUUUUUUCACUCGUUUUGUUUUAUUAUACUCGUGCAGAAAUUCUGUAUCAGCUUUUGACACUAUUAACUACUCAUUACACCAAAAAAGUUGCAAGAAAUGCACACACACACACACACACACACGAUCUAAUCUAACCUAAUCUAAUCUAAUUUAAUCUUUGUAAAUAAGUCUAG